AUGAUGAGCGGUACACACAGUACAUUGAGAGGCUGGGACUCCUUCCGUUCAUCCAGCUUGUCACUCGGUCGACGCCAAGCAUGAACCCUUGUGCGAUCACCGCGCUUGUUGACCGCUGGAGGCCGGAGACUCACAGUUUUCACCUCCGGACUGGGGAGAUGACUGUGACUCUCCAGGAUGUUUCGAUGAUCCUGGCACUUCCCAUCGAGGGAGUUCCUGUUUGUUUUAGCACUGGUGCUGCUGGUUGGCGCGCUAGGAUGUUUGAGCUUAUCGGUGCGCUUCCUGCGGUGCCGGAAGACCCGACUAAAAACCACUGAAAAAAUAGCGCGCUAUAACGCCGCUAAUAGCACGCUAUAGCAUGUAGAGAAUUGUCUCGCUAAAUAAAUUAAUGUACAAUACCUCGCUAAUAGCACGCUAUAGUACGCUAAUAGCAUAUUUUCAGAGGCGACGCUAUUUUUGUAGCACGCUAUUUUUUCCAUUGCUAAAAACAGAGUCCCCGCCGGCGCGACUUAUGUCUGGAUUGUAGAACAUUUUAGCCAAUGCCCCGAUGAUGCUAGUGAGGAGAUGGUGCAACAAUAUGCACACGCAUACUUGUGGUAUGUGAUCUCGAGGACUCUGUUUGCUGAUGGUGGUGGCAGGACCGCUCCGUGGAUGUGGCUGAAGGCAUUAUCUGGUUGGGAUAGUAAACAGAGCUGGGGUUCGGCGGCACUGGCCUACUUGUACCGUCAGUUGGAUGAGGCGUGUUGUAGGCGCAAAGAUGAAGCUAGUAUUGGUGGUCCGUUGGUCCUACUUUCGGUUUGGAUGUGGGAACACUUCUCAGUUGGACGACCGAGAGUGAUUGGUUACGACACCUGGGAUGAUCAUGACAACCCGCUACGGAAGCCUACAUGGGCGUACAAGUGGGACAAGGUUUCAGAGUUCACUGGUGACCCAAACAGGAUGUACAGGGAGUACACCAAUGAGUUUGACACGCUAACCUCGGAGCAGGUGACAUGGCAGCCAUAUGGAGCGUGGGACAAUUUUGCUUUCAUCCCUGAUUUCCAGUUGAACCCGAAGUGCACGGAGGAAUCACAUCUUUGGCUGAUGCGGUGCCCAUUGAUAUGCUUAUAUGCAGUCGAGUUCCACCUUCCACAGCGUGUGAUGACCCAAUUUGGGUUAUUUCAGGAUACACCGCCGAAGUGGAAGGACACGGGUGUCGCGCUUCACGGCUUGGACAAAAUGAAGCAGAAGAAGAUCAAGAACUGGGAGUCAUAUCAUGACAAGUUCAUCAAGAAAUGGAAUUACGUCGUGAGGGUGGCUAAUGAUAACCGACAAGUACAUCUCCAAGAGUACGAUGAAGCUGCAUUUGAUAAAUAUCUUCGUUGGUUUCUUAGCGAGUCCCGUGUGGAGUUAUGCCCGCCUGCUUAUGAGGAGGGCAUAUUGGAGGCGCCCACAGGUUUUGAAGGGACUGCCAACCUUGAGUAUAACAGGCUCAUCAGAGAGGGCAGACAAACCGGAUUCGCUCCUGUGAUCAACUUUAUUCGCACUGAGAUCUCACGCCAGAUUAGUGAAGCCGGCCAAGCACUCGCACAACCUCAGGGUAGGGAUUCUGAGAAUGCCCUUAGAGAGUUUGUUAAGUGUAGCGCUACUCGGUUACGUUCCUUAGCUCAUCUUCUUGGUUGCCGUACUGUCAAGGCCGACAUGCCCACCCAGUCGAGGUCCACUUCUUCUGAAGAGGAGGCGGCCGCCGAGAUGAACUUGAGGGGGUUUAUGGAUGAUGCACCUCAGCCUAGUCAGCCUAUUGAGCGGCGUCACUUCAACUUAAAGCCUAGGAAGACCUUCAACCGUUAUACACCGGAGGCAUGGAACAAGAAACAAAAGAGGACCGUUGUCGAGUCCGAGAACGAGUUUGAGGACGAGGAGGAACCGGCACCGAAGAAGGUUCUAAGGAGGUUGAAGAGGGUCGGAGUGGAGCCGGGGACGAAGAAGGUUGUGAGGCAGGCGAGGGGGAAGAAGUAGAUGUAUUUGUGAACUAUUGAAGUUGUCACUUUAGUUAGAUUCUAUUUGUAAACUUGUUGUAAUUGUGGACUUGAUGUGAACUUGUCGUAAUUGUAGACUUGCUGUGAAGUUUUCGUAACUGUGAAAUUCUUGUA